UAUCAGCCGGUCCUCCCAGGCAAAGUGCGGCAGUCUGUAGCACUGGCAGCCUCAGAGAGCUCUGCAGCUUUUGGCGUGGAUCAGAACAAGGUUAAAGGACCUUCUUCUCUUCUCUUUUCCAUUCUCACAGUCAACAGCGGAGGCAAAACACCUUUGAAUGAAGAGUUUGCAGAAGAAUACUCCCUGGCUGAUGGAAUUAGGAUUUGGAUGCUAGAAAUGAAGCAGAAGUUCCUCUUGGGCCAGGGAAACGAUGAUGAGGAGAAGCAGGCUGGCAUGAUGAGCGAGGUAAACCCAGAAACCCUCGCUCAGCAGUGCAUCCAGAAGAGCCUUUUGCUGCUGAAUUUCCUGCCUGCACGGACCAAGGUAGAAGGCCGUGACUUGGAAAGCACAGAAGAGUCCAGGCUGUGCCAUGCAGAAAAGUGCCAAAGGACAAGCUCUGUGGUCGAAGCGGACUUCCAGGCAUCCGGUUCAGCUGCUGCCAGCAGUUUCGUUUUCCCUGAGCGGAGUGAAGCAGGGGACUCCGAGUCCAAGAGAAACCAAGUGCCAAGCCCCUCGCAGGCAGAACUGCCCUCAGCAUCGCAGAGUAAGACCCUGGACCGGGUCCCCUCAGAACAAGAGGAGGCCCUGUCCUCUCCCUCUACCCCCACCCGCAAGCCUCCGUUCAACCGUGGGCGCCUCCGGCUCCUCUCCUUCCGUUCGAUGGAAGAGUCCAAACCAGUGCCCAACAUUAAGGAGAAAUAUCCCAUCCUGAGACACGUCUUGGACUUCAUUAAGGACCAAACUCUUUCUCAUGAAAGCGUGCUGCAGGUGCUGUCCCUCAGGAAAGCUCAAGCCAAAAACAUCUUGGAAGUCCUGAAGAUGAUCCUUCAGUGCCUGCGCUCCCUCAGCCAGCCUCACUGUUUCGUGCCCCCAUGCAUCAUUUUCCUCCUGGAACUUCUGGCUUGCCAGAAAGACUUCACAAACUAUUUCAGUCACUUGGAAGGCUGCGGGGCUGAGCUGCACCGAGAAAUACGGGAAUCCUACUACCAGCUGCUGCUCUUCUUGGUCAACGCUCUGAAGGAAUUUCACAACCUUGGUGACAAAUCACUGCUCCCUGCCUUGUCGUGUGUGCAGACGUCCCUCCUUCACCUCCUGGACAUGGGUUGGGAGCCAGGCGACCUUUCCUUCUUUGUCAACAUACAGCUGCCACAGCUCCUCAUUACUAUGUCACAGGAGAACAUAAGUACCCACGACAGUAUCAUUUGUCAGUGGAGUGAAGAGGAAGAACUUGCAGACUACAAACAAAACUCAGAGUGGAUGGAUGAGUGUCAAGAAGGAGUCUUCGAAAGCUGGUGUGACAAGAUAAGCCAAGCAGACCCAGAGAAGCAAAGAAAGGUCAUUAGAAUGGACAGGAAAAAAAGAUUUUUGGAAA